AUGAAGAAGGCUCUGAUCGCAGCCCUGCUGGUUGCGGGGGUUCUCCCCCAGUUGCCGACAACUAAGGCAGGCCCAAUGACUCACCUCGUUGACAACCAGCCCCGGCCAACGAAGAAAGGACAUGCUCCGCCGCCUCAGAAAAAAGGCGAAACCGUGGUCAAGGAAAUAAUUGAAGUUUCCAAGCUACCCCCGGCUCCACAGAAAGCACAGCCCGUUUGCAUAGUUCCAGCUCUUCUUGGCAUUCCGUCAGUGAACUCGUGCAGAGAUCUCGGCGUCAUUGGCUCUGCAGUUGGAACCGGGGUUGUGCUGCAAGAAGAAUACCAGGGGUGUGAUCUCCUGGAUGACUUAUCCUGCGACGACGGUUCCGGCCAGGGCCUCGAAGUAUACCGACAGAGGCUCCAGAAACACGGAGCCACAACCACAGCAUCUGUUUAUCAGCCGCAGGGUGUCGGCCCUUGUUUGCGAGUGGAAAGGCUUCCAGACAGCUUGAGGGUCACUUCCAGCUUCCGUGGAGAAAUUGUAUGCUGUCGGCCCAUAUGUAAGCCAACCACUACUACAACUACCACGACUACGACCACAACGACGACAACCACAACAACCCAGGAGGCCCUGCUACCCCUGGAGGAGAACAGGGCACCCCAGUAUGUCCCGACUUACACUACAACCCCAGCUCCAAUUUUUAUAAAUCAGUCCAAUCAAGGGAUGAAUGAACAGCUUAUGUUUCGAGCCGCGGCCGCGGGGGAGAUGUGCGUAAUGCCGCAAUUUCUGAAUCUUCCACGAGUGGCAACAUGCGCUGAUCUUCGAGAUAUCUCAAUGUCGACGAGCUACGUAUUCCUAACAAACCAAAAGGCGAUUGACUGCCAGUGGGUCGAAGAUGUAACCUGUGGCCCUGAGUAUCCAGGUUUGGGUGCGUUUCUUGAUGCUGGAACUCCUGACAACACGUGUCUGGCUGUGAGACAAGACGUAUGCAACGUGAGCGUUGUGGGCCCCUAUCCCAUUCUCAGCCGUCACCUGAAGGGCGCCUGUUCUUCACACAAAGGAAAAGAGUCUCACGCGAUGAUGCCGGUCACUAUGAUGAUGCCCGUUCCGGGCGGCAAAAAGGGGGGUCACCAUCGUAGGUUACAGACCGCCGGGUCCCAGCCAACUCCUGAGGCUGAUCAGUCGUCCUUCCAGAAUAUGUUGGAUUCAAGCAUAGGAGAGGAUUACGUUGUCCAAGUGGGACUUGAGGAUAUUUUUCCUGAUACGCAUAGCUCCGAUGAAGCGAACACUCGGGCGACGACCUCAGAAGUACGGGGGGUUCAACAUGAAUCCGCGGUUAGCCGGGGUCUCGGGAAAGGUGCUCCGGCCAAGGGCAAAGGAAAGGGCGGUGGAGUGUCGGAUACACUCGUCGUUUGCUGUCGUCUGCAGUGUUUUGGAGGAAGCAACACCGCCGCGUACGCUGCCUUGUCUUACAACCGCCAGUCGUAUCAGCAGCAACAACAGGCAUCAGCAGCAGGGGGAUAUGCUCAAGCCGCUGGAGCCCAGGGUCAAGUAUCUGGCGGGUCAGGUUCACAGUCCCAGAACAACAUGGGUUCAAAUAGCGGAUAUGGACAACCUCCAGCAAAUGCAAGAGGAGCAGUGGGGGCCGCCGGUAGUGUUCCGUCGCUCGGGAACUUAGGAGCUGCUGGAACGCCUCUAAUUCAGAAUCAGUCAAGUAUGCCAGUCGCAAACACCUCGGCCGGUAGCGAUCUGUGUGACCAGCGAUUCGCGCAAAUUUGCUCUCUGGCAUCGCCUCUACGAGGCGAAAGAAUAAUCUUCGACCAGAGAUGUGCGGGUGCGGCGCCGUUACCCGGAUGCUACGCAGGCGGCAUUUCGCCGUGUUGCAGGAGUGUGAGCAAGUAUGAGCUCAUAUAA